CCAGACGUCUCUAAGCAAAGCCAUCACGUCAGCAAUGGACACCGACAGUCGGCCCGGCACCAGCGAUAACGCCGAGGCCGGCGCGCAUGAUUGGUCCCGACUGACGCCCGAUGUCAUUCGCAACAUUGCUAGCUGGCUGCACCCAACCCAAGUCGCGAUUGGUCUCCUGCUCGUCGACCGGGCCACAGCUGCAUGCCUCAAGGGUAGCUAUAAUGUCAUUACAAUAUACACUUGCAAGCCAAGCCGUUUUUUGCGUCCCCGGCUGGAGGUCGCGCACGCGAGCUCAUGGCCCGGACACAGCUUCGCGCAUUACUGGGGCCGGCCCAAGCCGUGGGAUAAGCUUACACUCCGCCGCCGGCUGCGCCUGCUGUGCCUUGCCGCCUCUAGCUUCCAUCCCGCCAGCCUGCACGUAGCUCUGCAGUUCAGCGGCGUUGCGCUGCGGCCGGAGGUUGCGGAGGCUGCCUCGGCGGCCGGCGACUUGCAGGCGGUCCAGCGCCUGGUCGCCGAGGGCUGCGAGCUCAGCUUGGAAGCAGUGAAGCUGGCUGCGGCUUGCGGCCACUUGAGUGUGCUGCAAUGGAUCUGGUCGGGAGCUGAGCCGCAGCUGCGGCUCCGCAGCGCAUUUGGCUGGGAGGCCGCGGGUUCGCACCAGGCCGUGGCGGAGGCGGCGUGCGCCGGCGGCCAGGGCGUAGUGCUGACGUGGCUUGAGGCGGUGGGGCUGCCGCCGCAGGCGCAGCAGGAGCAGCAGCAGGAGCAGCAGCAGGAGCAGCAGCAGGAGCAGCAGCAGGAGCAGCACGAGGAGCAGGAGGAGACGCAGGAGGAGACGCAGGAAGGCCCCGCUGGCAAGGCGAGUCAGCAGGGACCGGAGCAGCCGCAGCGGCAGGGGCCGCCGGCAGCAGCGCCGGACGUGGCGGCACAAAGCGCAGACACACUGGAUGACCAACCCCGGGACGGCGGGACGGCCAUGCCGCCGCCACAGGAGUUGUCGGCGCGGGCGCCGGGCGCCCCUCCUCCGGGUGCGGCUCCAACCACUGGAGGUCAACCGCAGCAGAACGUGGAGGCGGUGGCGGUGCCGCCGCUGGCCGGCGCGGCCGGGGAAGCCAUGCCGCCUGCUGCUGCUGCCACCGACUUCGAGCCACGCGGCUGGGGCUUUGCCGGCCUCCUGAAUGCUGCGGCGUGCUACGGGCAGUAUGAAAUUGUGGAGCGGUUGUACAUGCAGGAGGUAGAGAGGCUCGGGAUGCCGCAUCUCGCAGAUCUCUUGGCCUGCAGGCUCAGGGUUGCAGCGAUGUGCGGGACUCAGGAGGAGUUGGCAUGGAGGUACCAGGACUUGGCGGGAAUUGAACACGUGCACCUUGGCAAGAACUUGCUGAGCGACCUGUUCGCAUGCGCCCUGUGCGCUCUUGACAGCCACUGGCGAGCUAAGGCGGAGUGGCUGGUCGAUUGUUGGGAAACUGAGUUUGACAUGGACCCGCAACUUCUCGAGGAGAUCCUGACGCUCGGUUUCUUCAAAUUCAAGCAUCGCGCGGGAAGCACGAACCGCAUUGUGCCGGAGCAGCCCGACGUGUUUGAGCGCUUCCGCGUUGGCGCGGCGCGUGUGGACCUUGCGGACCGCGGCGGCAGCUGGCACGUGCACGCGGCGGCAGUGGCGGUGCGUGCCGACAACGUGCCGCUGCUGCAGGCGGUGCUGGAGGACUGGAGCCCCACAGCCGCCUCCGAAGCGAUCGGCAGCGAGGACUUCCGAGCCCUGCUGGACGACGCUGUGCUCUCCGAUGACCCCCGCGUGCCGCACAUGCUGCUGGUGCACCUCCAGCCCGUCGUGCUGUUCGGGACCUCCCACCUGCUGCUCGCCGCCAAGGAAGGCUGCAUGCGGAUGCUAGAGUUCAUGUUCCCCUGGUUCCCGGCCAUCAGGGCACACGACCGGCACGACCAGCAGCUGCGGGGGCUAGGAGGUGGCGGCGGCGGCCGGGCGGCGGCUAAGGCAAUGCGGCGGCUCGGGUUGCAGGUGGCAAGGCACGCGGGCGAGCAGGGGGCCAGCCUGGCACUCCUGAAGCGCCUGCACCAAGAGCGCGGCCUGCCAGUGGACGUGGCGGCGGUGGCGGCGGGCGGCAGUGUGCAGGCGGUGGAGUGGGCGGUGUGGGCGCAGCUGCAACAGGAGCUAACUGGGCGGCACACCGCACCUACGCGCGGCAUUCGGCGGCCUGGCUUGUCCAUGUCUGUCAGCACCUUCACAACGCCCGGCCAUGCCUGGCACGUGGCGGCCACCUGCGGCAACCUCGCCACAGCCGCCAGGAUGCUGUACCACGCGUGGACCUACGAGAACGCGGGCUCGGCGUGUCGCCAGCCGGCCGGCUUCUUAGCGCGGCCCCGAUCGGUGCGGUACUUCAACGGAGCUGACGGCCGCUGCCGGGCCGUCAACUGCCUCCGGCUGUGGGCCUCGAUGCUGGACCAGCCCGCCCCGCAGCCGCCACGGGUGGAGUUUAUGCGGGUGCCGGAUGACGCCCUGGGCGGUGCCGAGGAGCCUGCUACUGCCGCCGGCGAGGGCGGCAGCGACAACGACAACAGCAACGGCGGUAGCGGCAACGCUGGCGCUGGCGGCAGGCUUGUGCGCGUCGUGGUGUGCUGUGGGUCUGCGGUCACACAGUACGCACUGCCGCGGCUGACGGCGGAGCAGUGGGCCGAGCUGGUGUCGUAUCUGGACUCGCCGCAACGCCGGCCGCCGCAGCUGCAGCCGCACCAGCUGGCAUGGGCUCGUGCGGUGCAAGCGCCUGAUACCGUGGUGCACGUGUAAAAGCGAAGGUGAAACUGUGAGCUUAUUUUGAAACUAGUGGCGUGCGCAUGACAGGAUAAGCAGACGCUGCUGGCAAACGCAGCAGAGUUUAGGAGGGAGGCAUCUACCUUGGUUGGCACAACCACAUGGGUUGGCACGCUGGUUGGCACAUCCACAUGGGCAUGAGUUGGUUUCCGACUACUCACUGCGCUCGAGCCGAAAUCAUUAGUUGGCAGGAGUUGCAGUUGUGUGAUGGCUGGCAGGGGCACCCCUGAGUGCUGGAGCCGUGUGAUGCAGGCCUGUUGAGCUGCGGUAUGGGUGGGCACCUGCACGGACGAUAUGCAGUCCGGGGCUCAGGUUUUGUCAUUGCGGGCUUUUGUAGCUGGGGACAGGAGCUGGGCAUGCGUGCACUGUGCGGUGUCAGGCUGUUGGCAGACACGCUGGCAGACACGCUGCUGAUGUCGGACUGGCAGCUGGCUUGUGACUGACGGCGCGGUUG